AUGGCUUCUCAUCUUUCGAUAAGAUCUCUUCUGGGGAGCUCAAGAUAUUUGGCUAGAAAUAAAGCUUUGAAAUUCACAGAUUUGAAGUCAAUAAAAUUAAGAGAGCCUAUCGUUCCAACUCACAAGAAUUUUGAUGUUUCUCCAGAUCACCCAUUGUGGGCGUUUUUCCCAGACGGAAACAAGUCAGAGACUUGUUUCCGUGAAACUGUCGAUUUGGACAUCCAAUCACGUCCAUGGGGUUUACCAGAAUUACGUCGUAAGUCCUUCGAAGAUUUACACAAAUUAUGGUAUUUGAUCCUCAAGGAACGUAACAUCUUAGCCAGAGAGGUUAGAUUGGCUGAUUCUUUUAACGAAAGAUCAACACAUGCUCAUAAUGAUCUUGAUGAUAAAUUAACAUUAACACAAAAAAGAAUUAAACAAGCUUUAAUAGAGAGACAAGUUGCAUACGAAAGAGUUCAGACCUUCACUGACAACCAAAAGGAAUAUUUAUCAGACUUUGAGGAAAGCUAUAUCAAUGCGGAUUCUUCUGAGAUUGUUUCAUUUAAUGAAAAAUUGGUCAGAUUGCAGUACGCAUUUUUCGGGAUUCAACCGCAAUUAGAGGACUACAAUUUGGAAGAAGAUAUCAAUGUAAAAUUCGUUGAAGGAUUGUCAUAUGUUGCCAAUUUGAAGUUGAAGAGAUAUUUGAGCCAAAACCCUCAAAGCACCGAAGAGUUCCAAACUCCAUUAAAUGGUGUUGUUGAAGAAUUGCCAUUUUUGUUGCGUGACACUGAAGAAGCCAUUGAAGAAGUCCAAGAAUUGAGAAAUAGCGGUGCUAAUGUAGUCUUACAUAAGAUUGAAGUAUUCCCAUUCUUAAGAAAUGCACUUGGUAAAACAAUUCAAGAAGCUUAUGCUAGCGAUGAGCAAUUGUGA